GACCAGACGGUUCGCGUUCCAGAACAAGGCUAUUAUCACAAAUUAGAUUCUUUAUCAAAAUCUGUAACUUCUGCCGAAUCCAUUCACAACAGUCAACGUAAAAGAUGUGUAACUGGUGAUUUAAAAUACUUUUUUUUGGUUUUGGUGGGAUGGCUACGGCGGUGAAUACUUCCUUACCCCGGCCGCCAUUCGGCACAUUUCGUCUCCAUCUCUCCGAAGACCCUAUCGCCUUGGAACAGCGAUUUAGACGGCAACAGGCAUCCGGAAAGUUUCCAGCAACGUUCCACACUUACGAUAUAGCUUCAUUUCAAGAGAAAGAUGAAGCAUAUUUUCGCAGAUUUGCCGAGAAGGGCGAGCGUCGCGCCGACGCACCGAGGCGAAGCGAUACACCAGUUGUGGAUCCAACAAGUGGUUUCACCUCAGUCGGUGCCGACGCGGAAGAUGGAAAUUAUCAACAAAUUGAUCCUCUUGUGAACAAAGAUCAUAGACCGCAGUCCGCCAUACCAUACGGACGACCGAUUGUCUCUCCUAUUCCGGGCUUGAGGUCGCAGAAUGCUCCAUGGGAGGCGAAAAGCAUGGAAUUAGAGCAGCUUCUGCAGCAACCUAGCCAAUUUCCUGGAUUCAAAGAGGCAAAGGAACUCUCCCAAAAAGUUCCAGCUAGUGAGCUACUGAAAAACAAGGAAUGGAGGGAUGCAGUGGCAACAAGAUCAUUCUAUACGUCAGAAACUCAAAAGUUGUACAGUGGAGUAGAUUGGAGUUCAAGAAUUGCUCCAUCUGUCCCACCACCUAUCACCACAGUUGAGUUGCAGCCAGACAUGGUAUCCUACAGAUUUACCUCAAAAAGAUAUUCACCCAAAUCAGAACUUUGGCAGAAAAUUGGCAGCAGACCACACAGUUGGGAUUUUGUUCAGUCACGCAAUGGACACCAUGUACAUGGACCCAUUGAUUUCUGCAGCCCAAGCAAAAAGACAGGACAUAUACCAGGAUACAGUGGCCACAGCCCUGGAUUUGGUCACAGAGACCAUCCAAGGAAGACUUUUACACCAAUUGCUGUGGUGCGGACAUCACAACCAAGAUUCACAGACACUGCAAGGCGUGGCAAUAUUCCUGGUUACUCUGGCUGUGUGCUGUUUUCAGCGCAUCAUCCUACGCACAGUAAAGAACCAGACCCAAAGGCUACCACCACAGCUAGAAUUCACAGAACACUCAAAGUUCCAACUAAAGUUCAGUUGUCACCGUUUAGACACAAGGGACCGAUGUCCAAAAUGGUGACUUUAACUCGACCAUACAAUCCAUUUAACAAAGUUUAGGACAUGUGAUAGGUUUGAUGUUCAAAAGGAGAAGUAACUGUGUAGUGUGUGUUUGAAUAUUAGGUUUGAGUUUGAGAAGAGUCUACCCUCUCGAUACCACUUAAGUAAUUAUGUGUUACAAUGACGCGAUGAAAGAAACGUGGACUAGGUACACUGUAGAGGUUUUAGCACCGUGGCUGCAGUUUCAAGUAGUACUUGUCCAUAGAACUAUGUUUCCAUUUGGUGAAGCAACUCUAGAAUUUUAAUACCAACUUCGCCUUAUGGUUGGCACCGCGUUGUAGAUACAAAUCCGGCACCAAAACGCGCGUAUCACCAUGAAAAAUGGAGAAUCAGCUUAGUCACCAUUACUAUCCGCUUUGAUGGUUUAACUUUUAACUGGUAGAAACCAGUAAUGAAAGUAUCACUGGAUUGCACGGGGUUUGCUUCACUUAAUCACCCAACUAGAACAAUUUUCCAGUGAGUUUCGAUCGUUAUCCAGGACCAGGUGAACUUAUUUUUGAUUUACCCUGCUCUGUGAUUGGUCAAGAAAACUCGCGCCAUCCUCUCUACCAAUGAGAUAGGUCGCCUGCGUUUUCCCGCCCUUCACUUUUUCUCGAGUUCUCAUUCGCUAACGAUGAUGUUUUCCUUUGAUAUGAUUGGACGUAGUGAAGACUGCUUUCGGUUUUACGAUACUCAAUCUACUUCCAUCGAGUAACAGAACUAGUCAGGGUAUUAUUAGUAAAAUUUACUUAUUUUUAAAGAGGUUUUUACCACAUUUAACAGGAGACUAAAUCAAAAUUCAGAUUUUA